UUUUCAACCGGACACCAUUCCCGUGGUGCACAUGACAAUACAAACUGUGGAUGGCCAGUGAAACCCUGAAAGUGGGAGAGCACCGGAGGAUCAUUUAGGAUCUACUGAAUUUGUGAAACACAAAGCAGUGAGCCAUGCCUACCGUGGUGUUGAUGGACGUGUCUCUGUCCAUGACACGGCCGGUGUCUGUGGAUGGCAGCGAGGAGUUUCAGAGGAAGAACCUGGCUGUCCACGGGUUAAACAUGUUGUUUGAACACAUGGCGUCAAACUACCGCCUGGAGUUCACUUCACUGAUGGCCUUCUCUUCUCUCUGGGAGCUCUUGGUGCCUUUCACCAGAGAUUACAAUGCACUACAGGAGGCUCUAAGCAACCUGGAAGACUAUGACAAGACCUGUGUGGAAUCAGCUAUGCAGGGAGUUAGUAACGUGGUACAGCAGGAGUGGGGCAGUGCCUGUCCCUGUCAGGUGGUGCUGGUCACUGAUGGCUCUCUGGGUAUUGGAAAGGGUUCCCUUCGUUACUCCCUCCAAACACUGAAGCUGCGUGGAGACGACAAGAAGUUCCCACUGCCUUUCCCUUUUCCUACCAAGCUUUUCAUCAUGUGUGUAGCCAAUGCAGAGGAGUUACAGAUGACUGAUGCCAUGGACAACUUGGAGGAGCUACUUCAGCUCAGUGGAGGGGAUGGACAGAUCUUCACUAUGGACGGACCACUUUGCAUGAAGAGUGUACAGGCCAUGUUUGGGAGGCUGAUAGAUCAUGCAUACUCCCCCUUCCAUGCUGUCUUGCACUGUGGGAACUUAUCCUCAGAUGUUCAGGUUUUCCCUCGACCUGAGCCUAUUGUAAUGGAUGAGGAGGUUGAUCCCAUGCCCAGAGCUGUCAAUUCAGAUUUGGAAAUUUUUGGCUUCAUUGAAAUUGCUGACAUUUCCAGCCCCCCUGUUAUAUCCAGACACCUGGUGUUGCCUAUUGCUGUGAACAAAGCUUCAGAGGUGGAUGAUGUUGGUACCGGAGCCACAGAUGAGCUUGAGGAGGAACCCUCUGCCAGUCAGAUGGCAGGCAAAAGUCCAAACUUUUGUGUUCUGUUACAUGGCAGUCUUAAAGUUGAGGGCAUGGUGGCGCUGGUCCAGCUGGGGCCAGAGUGGUAUGGCAUGCUGUACUCCCAAGCAGACAGCAAGAAGAAGUCCAAUCUGAUGAUGUCCCUAUUCGAGCCCGGUCCAGAUCCUCUGCCUUCUGGCAAGAUCUCACAUUUAGGACCAAUAUCAGAGGCUGCUGAAAACCCCUACGGUGAGGAUGAUAGUAAGAGUCCUUUCCCCGUGCAGCCCUCGGCCAAACGAAGCUAUGCACAGAAUGUCACUGUGUGGAUUAAAGCCAGCGGACUGCAGACUGAUGUGCAGAAGAUCCUGAGGAAUGCAAGGAAAUUGCCGGACAAAACUCAAACCUUCUAUAAAGAGCUGAACCGUCUACGGAAAGCUGCCCUGGCUUUCGGUUUCUGGGAGCUCCUUAAGGGAGUUGCUGAACUGCUGGAGAGAGAGUGCACCCUGCUGCCGGACUCUGCCCAUCCCGACGCCGCUUUUCAGCUCUCGCACGCAGCACAGCAGCUCAAACUGGCCAGCACUGGUGACUCCCAGUAUGCCGCGUUUGACCACAACAUUGUUGCCAUGCACACUGACUUUUCAACCUGAGCGACGUUGGAACUGGUGAAAAUAUGGCAGCCUCAGCCUGUGUGGACCAAUGUGGAAAUUUCACAAGCGUGUAUUGCAUUUAGUUCAUAGAAGUCGUUAUUUGGCGGCUUUGAGGACCUGUUCGUGGAAUCUUGAAUGAGUCAUACAUUCAUAACAGCUCAAAAAUGACAAGUAACACAUCAUGUGUUUGUAAAUGUUCAGGUGUACAGAUUUUAUACAUGUUUCUUUGUAAGUUCUUUUCACAAAUAACCACAUUAAAAAUACUUCAGUGUCACAUA